AUGAUAAUUACAUCCUGCUCUUUCUUUACGUUAAUAGUUCAGUUUCCAGCGUUCCGGAUGCUUUCAGAUGCACUCCCAGUAUGCGACAGACAGUGCUGCGUGUUGAAACCUUUUGAGGAAGACAGACUCAUGACUUACUCACGCCAUGGAGACAUUGUGAUCGGUGGAGUCCUACAAAUAUUUUUAAUCGCUUGCGCGGAAAAGCAAAAUUAUUUAAGUAAGCCAAACGGACCAGUAUGUGUUGCGCCAUCAUUGCGUUAUCUGAGGCACCUGCUCGCUUUUAUUUACGCAAUUGAGGAAAUCAACAGCAACUCCGAUAUUUUACCCAACGUCACCCUGGGGUUCCGGAUCUAUGAUGCAUGUUCUAGUGAUGUUGUAGCAUUGAAGAGCACUUUGUGUAUCUUAUCAGAGGACCAAGAACCAACUCCCAACUAUAUCUGCCAUAGAAAGCCCAAGACCGCCGCUUUCAUCGGGCACCUCUUAACGUCGACAACCAACGUGGUGGCUGAACUCACACAACUAUAUGGAUUCCCCCAGGUAAGUUAUGGUGCGCCAAAUCCUGUUUUGAGUAACCACAUCAACAUUCCGUUUGUUUAUCGAACUGUUCCCAGUGAGCUUUCUCAGUUCAACGUCAUAAUUCAACUGCUCACCCAUUUUGGUUGGACUUGGGUUGGCAUCAUCGCAUCGGAUGAUGGAAGCAAUGAUCAGACUAGCGAAGAACUUAAAAACAGAUUGGAAAUGGCGGGAAUCUGUGUUGCCUUCAAAUAUGUCAUCUCCCAAUCUCUAGCUUUUGGAAUGAAAAACUUCCAAGCCUUUGAUGUGAUUAAAAAUUCUUCUGCCAGAGUAAUCAUAUUGUAUUGUAGUGCCCUCCAUUUCUUAGGUUUGUUGGAAAAGAAACUAUAUCAAAACUUGCCGGGUAAAGUCUGGAUCUCCUCAGUGACCUUAAAUAUUGUAACCGAUUAUAACUUCAAGCAGUACCUUCAUACAUUCAACGGAUCCUUAUUAAUAUCUCUCCACAGAGGAGAGAUUCCAGGAUUUAAGAAGUUUCUUUGUCAGGAGAUAUGGUCGAAUACUACAGAGAAUAUCUUUUUACAAUACUUCUUAGCAUUUAAUGUUGGAUGUUUGGAAUUUCUGUUUGAUGAAGAGAAUAAGGUUGCUAGGAGAGAAUGUUCUAAGGAAGGUUUUUGGACAGAGCGUAUAGCACAAGAUGAGAUAGACACCUAUCGUAUUUCAUAUGCUACCUAUACAGCUGUGCACUCGUUAGCUCACGCGUUACACGAAAUGUGUAAGAGAAAAGAUCUACCGUCUUCUGAAGGAUGGUCAUCUAAAACAAGGUCUAAGGUGCACCAAAAAUUGCAUCUGUUGCUUACCAAUUCAGGAGAAGAGGUUUACUUUGAUGCCAACGGUGAUGCUCCUGGAAAUUUUGACAUUUUAAAUUGGAUAAUUUACUCAAAUCUUACAGUUAGGAACAUCUUUGUUGGUAGAUAUAAGUCUUCUGCUGCUCAACAACUACUCAUUAACGACUCAGCCAUUGUUUGGAACCCCUAUUUUAAUCAGACACCGCAGUCCACAUGCAGUGAGCCCUGUCCCCCCGGCCAUAGAAAAACCCUUCAAAUUGGGAGGAAAUCAUGUUGCUUUGACUGCAUUCUUUGUUCUGAAGGGGAAAUUGCAAGUUUUACAGAUAUGGAGAAAUGCAUUAAGUGUCCGGAAGACCACUGGUCAAAGCCUACAAGGGAUUUAUGCCUCAAACGUACUAUCGAUUUUCUUUCCUUUGAGGAACCAUUAGGAGAAACACUGACAACUUUUGCUGUUUUAUUAACCGUUCUUAGUUUAGCCAUGAUGUUCUUUUUUGUAAAAUAUAGAACCUCCCCAAUUAUCAAAGCCAAUAAUCGCAACCUUAGCUACAUUCUCCUGGUGUCCCUCACAUUCUCUUUCCUCUGUUCUCUGUCAUUCAUCGGACAUCCCAUCCCAGAGACCUGCCUCCUUCGACAAGUUGCUUUUGGAAUAAUUUUCACUAUUGUUAUUUCUUCCAUCCUGGGGAAAACCGUGACUGUUGUCAUUGCUUUUCAUGCGACAAAACCAGGAAGCAAGUUAAGGAGAUGUGUUGGGUCAAAGUUGUCUUACGCCAUUCUUCUCCUUUGUACCUCGGGUGAAAUCUUAAUAUGCCUAACCUGGCUAAUAUCUUUUCCACCUUUUAUAGACUUUGACACCAAGAGUACAAACGAUAAACUGAUUUUACAGUGUAACGAAGGCUCUAUACUUGCUUUCUGUAUAGUAAUUUUCUAUAUCGGCAUCCUAGCUUUAUUUAGUUUCUUUGUUGCUUUUUUUGCCCGAAAACUUCCAGAUCGGUAUAACGAGGCUCAGUACAUCACGUUCAGCAUGAUAGUCUUCUGCUGUGUCUGGGUCACUUUCAUUCCAACAUACUUCAGCACCAAAGGCAAAUACAUGGUAGCCGUGGAGAUAUUUGCCAUCUUGGCCUCCACAGCUGGAAUAUUAGGAUGCAUAUUUGUACCAAAAUGCUACAUUUUGUUGUUAAAACGAGAGCACGUAGCCCAAUGGAAGGGUUGUACAAUAUAA